AUUCCCCACCGCCAUCUGUCAGAUUAUCAAGCUAUCCCUCCCUUGCCUUUUGCCCAUCACUCCGCAUAAUAGCCAGUUACGAUCGUGCCUUUGCACGGCGACGGAGGACCACCGGGCUAGUUUCACGAGGCCUCAUAGAGUUCGCCAACAAAUUCGUACGCGACGAACAUCAAGUUACUCAACGGCUAUGUGGAUGUAAUAAUGCAUAUGACCAACUCGCCAACGGUGCAAAAUAGACACCUGCUCGGUACCAUCGUGCCGGUGAUCUAUUCGGAACGUCCUCGACGUCGGCUUUCGCCUAAUCUCGUGAAGACGACGUUGUCGAGGGCAUCUCAGACGGUAGUGCCUUACCGUCUCCGCAGCUUCGACGUCUUGCGGCCCUAACCGCUAAGCCCUGCGCCCGUAGUGCGCGCGCAGUACGCAGUUAAGCACCAGUAGUAUAUGAACUCCCGGGGCCGACAUCGCUUAGGCCUACCCCGAUGCUUUCC